CCGGCUCCCUUUUCCCGUGACACGUGUUAGUACAGUUUCGAGCUGAGGGGAGGACAACAGCGACUAAACUUUAUAUUUUGGACACAUUUAUAUGCUGCUUCUGUUUUUUAAAUAUCACUGAAGGGUUGGCCGUCUAAACAGUCAAGAUGGUGAAGCCUCAGUUUAAGGGAAAGAUGUCUAUUAAUCCCUCAGCCUCCAGCAGCAACCCGGAUCGGGUGAAAGGUGCUGGAGGCAGCAACAUGAGGGACCGAGCCACCAUCAAGCGUCUGAAUAUGUACAGACAAAAACAGAGAUGUAAUAACAGAGGAAAAGUCAUCAAACCUUUACAGUACCAGUCCACUGUGAGUCCCGGCACGGUGGCCCGAGUCGAACCGAAUAUCAAGUGGUUUACAAACACACGUGUCAUCAAGCAGACCUCCCUUCAGAAGUUCCAAGACGAGAUGAGUGCCGUGCAGAAAGAUCCGUAUCGUGUCGUGAUGCGACAAAGCAAACUACCCAUGUCUCUGCUGCAUGACCGAGUCAAAGCCCACAACUCUAAGGUGCACAUUUUAGACACUGAGGCUUUCGAGACCACAUUUGGGCCCAAAGCGCAGAGGAAGAGGCCCAGUCUGGUGGUCAGCGAUGUGAAGGACUUGUUGGCGCAGGCUGAAGCUUCUAGUAUGAGCUACAACGCAGACAAAGACAAAGACUUGGUGACAGAGGACACAGGGGUCCGGGACGCGGCCCGUGAGGAGAUCUUCAAAAAGGGUCAGUCCAAGAGGAUAUGGGGAGAACUUUACAAGGUGAUCGACUCAUCUGACGUCGUCAUCCAAGUCCUGGACGCCCGUGAUCCCAUGGGAACGCGCUCCCAGAACAUCGAGGCUUACAUCAAGAAGGAGAAGUCCUGGAAGCAUUUGAUCUUUGUCCUCAACAAGUGUGACCUCAUCCCCACAUGGGUGACUAAACGCUGGGUGGCAUUGUUGUCCCAGGAGUAUCCCACCCUGGCCUUCCACGCCAGCCUCACCAACUCUUUUGGUAAAGGCUCCCUCAUUCAGCUCCUCAGACAGUUUGGGAAGCUCCACACAGAUAAGAAACAAAUAAGCGUGGGCUUCAUAGGUUACCCCAAUGUGGGGAAGAGCUCGGUCAUCAACACGCUGCGCUCAAAGAAAGUCUGCAAUGUGGCACCCAUUGCUGGAGAAACAAAGGUAUGGCAGUACAUCACUUUAAUGAGGCGGAUCUUCCUCAUUGAUUGUCCAGGAGUCGUCUACCCCUCAGAAGACAGUGAAACAGAUAUCGUUCUCAAAGGCGUGGUUCAAGUGGAGAAGAUCAAGAACCCAGAGGAGCACAUUGGGGCGGUGUUGGAGCGGGCCAAGCCGGAAUACAUCCAGAAGACCUACCGCGUCCCCACGUGGACAUCCGCGGAGGAUUUCCUGGAGAAGUUGGCUUUCCGCACUGGCAAACUUUUGAAGGGAGGCGAACCAGAUCUCUCAACAGUGUCCAAAAUGGUGUUAAAUGAUUGGCAGAGGGGGCGUAUACCUUUCUUUGUGAAGCCCCCAGGUCCCCAAGGAGACCAGGAGGAACCGUUGCCAGUAGAAGGCCCCUCAGAGGCAGUAGACGGAAAGACAGAAAACACCGCCCUUGUCCCCGCUGUUCAAGACGAAGAGAAGCAGAAACAGAAGGAGCAGCUCGACAAGAUUGUCUCCAACGUGCAACAAAACUUCGGCAAGAUCAACGUCGCGCCCGAAUUCAACGAGGAAGACUUGGUUCCCGUGGAAAUGCCCGACCUAGACAUCUCCAACUUCUCCGGCUCGGAAACUGAAGAGGAAGAGGACAGUGAGGAAGAGGAGGGUGUAGAGAAGAAGGAGGAGGAGGAGGAAGGCGCCGGUGAACCAGCCGGCCAAGAGGUUCAGGUCGACGAGCCCGCCACGGCUCCCAGCAAGAGUUCCCGGCAGGUCAUUCGCGAGCUGGACGAGAAGAUUGCCAAGUACAAGCAGUUUCUGGACCGGGCCAAAACCAAGCGCUUCUCUGCGAUACGGAUACCGAAAUCUCUUUCUGACAAAGUGUUGACUGACAUCAAGACCAAGCGAGAAGCCUCCAAAAAGCAAGCACAGAAGAAAGCUGCACCCCAGAAAAACAGGAAGAGGAAAGCCGAAGAUGACGAACCUGCCCAGCCACCCAAACUUACAUCCAAAGAGAGAAGAGCGAUGGACCGCGCCAAGAAGUCCAAGAAAGUGGGCGUGCGCUAUUACGAGACACACAACGUUAAAAACAGGAAUAAGAACAAGAAAAAAGACGUUCAGUCGGCACCUUCAGAGGGCAGAAAGGCAAAAAGGUCCAAACUAACGCUAAAGUAGAGCAAUAAAUAUACAUCAAAAGAC